AUGAGUAACCCAUGCGGUGUAACUACAAAGAAGAUGACGCAGCUCCGUACCGUGCUGCUGGUGUGCAUUAUCGUGCAUCGCCAAGCGCUAGCGUACGGCCAGCAGUCCCGAAAACCGCCACACAUCGUCAUCAUCACCGCGGACGAUAUGGGCUGGAAUGAUGUUGGGUUUCACGGUUCGAACCAGAUAGCGACCCCGAACAUUGACGCCCUCGCGUACGACGGUAUCAUCCUCAAUCGGCACUAUUCCGCACCGAUGUGUACACCGUCCCGGGCAGCCUUGAUGACGGGCAGGAACCCGAUCAACGUCGGCAUGCAGCACUACGUGAUCGACAGCGACGAACCGUGGGGUCUCGGGUUGGAGCAGCGCAUUAUGCCGGAAUAUUUCCGUGCGGCCGGCUACCGGACGCACAUGAUUGGCAAGUGGCACCUUGGAUUCUUUACGGAGCAUUACAUACCGACCAGCAGGGGGUUCGAUACGCACAUCGGUUACCUGGGCCCGUACGUGGACUAUUGGAGCUACGUGUCCAAGAUGAAUAGCGGUACGUUCGAGGGUUACGAUUUGCGUCAAAACCGGCACGUCAACUAUGCGGCCAACGGGACGUACGCGACGGAUUACUUCACCACCGCCGCAAAGGAUAUCAUCGCGCAGCACGGGAAAAGCGAAGAACCGAUGCUGCUGGUGCUGAAUCAUCUAGCGCCGCACGCCGGAAAUGAUGACGAUCCACUGCAAGCGCCACAGGAAACGAUCGAUCGGUUUGCGUACAUCAAAGAUCCCAGCCGCCGCACGUACGGCGCCAUGAUGUCGAAGUUGGACGACAGUGUUGGGGCGGUGUACGAAAGUCUGAAAGCGAACGGAAUGCUCGACAACUCGAUAAUUGUGUUUUUGAGCGAUAACGGAGGUGUUACCCGGGGGAUGCACAGCAACACUGGCUCGAACUAUCCAUUCCGGGGUCAAAAACACUCUCCCUGGGAGGGUGCCGUGCGUACUGCCGCUCUUAUCUGGAGUCCACUGCUCCAGGACACGCAGCGUGUCUCGAACCAAUGGUUCCACAUCUCCGACUGGCUGCCGACGCUAGCAUCGGCCGCAGGAAUAACGGUGGGCAACAGCACCUUCAGCGAUAUCGAUGGAAUAGACCAGUGGGAAGCACUAGCGUACGGCACCGGAAACCCACGGCAAAGACUGAUGAACAAUCUGGACGAAAUAUUCGGCUACACAAGCUACGUGGAGAACGGCUUCAAGUACAUCAACGGAACCACCCUGGGUGGGUUAAACGAUGAGUGGUACGGUGAGACAGACCCGUUCGACAAACUACCAGGAAACGAUGAGUAUCUCACCGCCGUGAUGUCUACCGACAUUGCCCGGGCUGGCAAGCUGGAUGAAAAGCUCAUCUCGUACCUUCGCCGACACGCCAAAGUUAACUGUGGCAAUGCGAUUUCCAACAAACCUUGCAACCCGCUGGUAAGACCAUGCCUUUUCGACAUUAUAAACGAUCCGUGCGAGAUGCACGACAUCGCUGGCGAGCAUCCGAAGAAACUGCGCGAGAUACGACAGCAUCUGGAGCAAUAUCGAUUGCGGGCGGCAAAACCACGCAACCGGCCCCACGAUCCUGAAGCUGAUCCGACCAAUUUCGGUGGCGUUUGGAACUGGUGGCGCACCGAUCCGGCUAUGGCGGCCACACAGCGCGACGAAAUACCGCCACCGUCUCACUCGCUCGCGAAGGACACGCAACUGUUUGUAAUUAUUCCGAUCGUAGUAGUUGGUAUUAUUUUUGUAAUUGGCACCUUACUCUAUCUUUCGAACAAAAACAUUAUCAAACUGUGCCGUAGGACAAAGCAAGACUCAUCCACAACGCCGAGCGAGAUACCGACCGAUGCUUCGAGCCCGGAUGGUAAGGCGACGGCCGAUGCUGCCUUUAGCUCAAAAAUCUACGUUAUUAGCGAUAGGGACCUGGACAGCUAA